AAAGGUUAUCUGCAGAAUCAUGAUCAGAUAAGCAUUAACAUGGACCAUUCUGUUACCAGUGGCAAUUCACAACAGGAACAAUCAGAUAAUGUCUUUGAAAUGACAAGAGUGACUCUCAUCUGCAAGGGGCUCAACUGCUUCUAAAGCCUACUUCUGCGCCAGCUUUUGCUACAGUAGGAGUUAAUCCUGUCUUUGUCUUUGCAAGAUGUCUGUGAGAACUCUCCCCCUGGUUUUCAUUAAUCUUGGUGGAGAGAUGCUUUACAUACUGGACCAACGCCUGCGAGCUCACAACACUUCAGAGGACAAUUCAGAGAAAGUAAUGAAUGACAUUGUUGGGACCAUGUUUAGUAAAGCCUUUAUGGAUGAACUUCUCAAACCUCAGCAGCUGUAUUCUCACAGGACAUUGAAAACAGUGCUAACCCGGUUAGCACACGCCUCCAUCAUGAGGCUGAACCCAGCUAGUAUGGACAAGCUCUAUGAGCUGAUGGUCAUGGCUUUCAAGUAUCAAGUCUUCCUUUGUCCACGCCCAAAAGACUUGCUGCUCAUCUCGUACAAUCACAUAGAUACCAUCAGAGAACUUGUGAAAGACACUCCUGUGGUUGUGAACCAAGUGGAUGAGACACAUAGGAAGAUCAUUGAGGCAUACUCAUUGUUGUCAGAGGGUGAAUUCCAGCUUCUCAGACAAACACUGCUCAUAUUUUUUCAAGACAUGCAUAUCCGCGUGUCGCUUUUUCUCAAAAAUCAAGUACAGAAUCCCAACGGACGUUUUGCCCUGUCGACCUCAGGACCAGUGCCUCGUGGGAUAGAUGUUCCAGGGCUAAUUAGGGCAUUUGACAGUAAGGGAAGAGAAGUGAGACGAAGUGAGUUCCCCACAGGAGGAAGUUACACCAGUCCCAUCAGACAGGGAUCCUUUGAGCUUCAUGGAGACAGAGUCAUCAAACUGGGCAUGAACAUGUACACUGUGAACCAUCCAGAGGAAACGCACACAUCCAAGGCUCCUUCUGUCAAGCAGAAAGAUGACACUCCCAACCUGCUGGCCAAGGAGGAGCUGAACCUGUUGGCCCGUCUGAUGGGCAGCGUGAAGGCCGAGAACAUGCCUGACACUGAAACCGGCUUUCGGAUCAACCUGUUUACUACAGACCAAGAGGAGGACGAGGCAGGGACUUCAGGUGGGGCUGAGGAGUCCUUGUACGGAGUGAUAAAUAUUCAGGCGAUGCAGGAUGAACAGGCUGCGACUGAGUUGGCGCAAAUCGCCGGACUGUUUACGGAACGAGAAGAGCAGCCUGAAAAUCCGAGCAGCAACAAAGGAGACGAACUGCUGGCCAUGAUGGACGACCUCUGAGUCUGUUGUUAGGUUUCAGAAAUGAGUGAGAUGAGUCAGAAAUGCAGGUAUUCAUUGUUUCAACUUUAUGGCCAAACUGACUAAUGCCAGAGUCUUGUAUCUCAGGUUAAAUCACAUUAUUUGUCACUAUUAAUAUCACUUUAUCUGUCACUGUGAGCUUCUGUACAAUCUGUAAAAUAUGCAGUUAAUGUAUUCUGUUCUACAAAUUAAAUUAAUUAAUUAAAUUAUUUAAUAUUCCUUUUUUUCUUCUGCUAUCCCAUUUUUUAAACAGUUAGGCUUUUUCUUUCCUUGCACACAUUGACUUGGGAUCGGGAGUUUUAGUGAAAUACAGUGGAUAAGUAAUCAGGUUUCCCAUCCAUUUUAAUGCACUGUAAAUAUGUUGUAAAAUAGUAUAUUUAAAAACAAUAGUGCAUGGUAAUCAGUAUGACAGAUGUAGGACUUUAUUCAUCCCUUUGACUGUAUGUACUGUAUUUUUUAAUUCUAUUUUAAUGUACUGCAUAUCUGUUUUUAUGCUGCUUGUAUAGAUAUGUUUGAUACAGUUAUUUGAUCAAUUUUAUAUUAUACUUUUGACCCAUAUGUAAUUAUUCUUGUAAUAUUUUCCUUAAUUAAUUUAGUCUUAAAUGGUUUUGUAACCUCUGUGUUCUAUGUGCUGCUGCUCUGUUGGCCAGGACACUCCUGUUAGAGAUUUUCAAUCUCAGAGGUUGUUGGUUAA